UUGUGCUACUCAUCAGAUCAGGAUAGCAGCUUCAGCGUGGAGAUACAUCUCCAACUCUCUGAUGUACCAAUGCAGGGGAUAUUUGCCAGGCACACAGAGAGACAGCUGCACUGCUACAGCGGGAAGGGAAUGUGAACUCAAAUAAAGAAUGAACCGGAUUGCCACUAUUGUCUUUCUGGUGCAGCUGUUGCAAAAAGCAGAGGGGCAGGUCUUCCCAGGUGGUUGUUCCUUUGAUGAACACUACAGUAACUGUGGUUAUAGCGUGGCACUGGGGACCAAUGGAUUUACCUGGGAGCAGCUCAACACCUGGGAAAAGCCAACGAUGGAUCCUGCUGUCCCGACUGGUUCCUUCAUGAUGGUGAAUAGCUCUGGACGGGCAUCUGGGCAGAAAGCUCACUUGCUGUUGCCCACCUUGAAGGAAAAUGACACUCACUGCAUCGACUUUCACUACUACCUGUCUAGCAGAGACCGCUCCAGCCCUGGCUCGUUGAAUGUCUACGUGAAGGUUAACGGUGGACCACAGGGCAACCCCAUCUGGAAUGUGUCGGGGAUUGUUACUGAAGGUUGGGUGAAGGCAGAGCUUGCCAUCAGUACAUUCUGGCCACACUUUUAUCAGGUGAUAUUUGAAUCCGUGUCUUUGAAGGGACAUCCGGGGUUCAUAGCUGUGGAUGAAGUCAGAGUCCUUGCCCAUCCAUGCAGAAAAGCGCCUCACUUCCUGCGGCUGCAGAAUGUGGAGGUCAACGUGGGACAGAAUGCAACAUUCCAGUGCAUCGCCGGGGGGAAGUGGUCUCAGCACGACAAACUCUGGCUCCAGCAGUGGAAUGGAAGGGACACCGCGUUAAUGGUCACCAGGGUGGUCAACCACAGACGGUUUUCUGCUACAGUCAGCGUAGCAGACACGUCUCAGCGCAGCAUCAGCAAAUACCGGUGUGUCAUUCGCUCAGAUGGUGGCUCUGGCGUUUCAAACUAUGCAGAAUUAAUUGUGAAAGAACCUCCCACGCCCAUUGCGCCCCCUGAACUGCUGGCUGUCGGCGCCACCUAUCUAUGGAUCAAACCCAACGCCAAUUCUAUCAUCGGAGAUGGGCCUAUAAUAUUGAAGGAGGUGGAGUACCGUACAACCACUGGGAACUGGGUAGAAACACACAUCGUAGACUCGCCAAAUUACAAACUGUGGCACCUGGACCCCGAUGUGGAGUAUGAGAUCAGAGUGCUCCUCACCCGUCCUGGUGAAGGGGGCACAGGGCCCCCUGGGCCUCCACUCACGACAAGAACAAAAUGUGCAGAUCCAGUCCAUGGACCGCAGAGUAUGGAAGUUGUUGACAUCCGCUCCCGGCAGCUGACCUUGCAAUGGGAGCCCUUUGGUUACGCGGUGACCCGUUGCCACAGCUACAACCUAACAGUCCAGUACCAGUACGUGUUUAACCAGCAGAAGUACGAAGCAGAGGAACUCAUCCAGACAGCCUCACAUUAUACCUUGCGAGGCCUUCGGCCCUUCAUGACCAUCCGGUUGAGACUAGCACUUUCUAAUCCAGAGGGCAAAAUGGAAAGCGAGGAGCUGGUGGUACAGACUGAAGAGGAUGUUCCUGGACCUGUUCCCCUAGAAUCUAUCCAAGGAGGACCCUUUGAAGAAAAGAUCUAUGUUCAGUGGAAGCCUCCAAAUGAGACCAAUGGUAUCAUUACACUCUAUGAGAUUACAUACAAAGCUGUUGGGUCCUUAGAUCCCAGUGCUGACUUGUCCAGCCAGAGGGGAAAGAUCUUCAAACUAAGGAAUGAAACUCACCACCUCUUUGUAGGGUUAUAUCCAGGUACUACCUAUUCGUUCACCAUCAAAGCCAGCACAGUGAAGGGCUUCGGGCCUCCCAUCACAACACGGAUCGCAACUAAAAUUUCAGCACCAUCUAUGCCUGAAUACGACACGGACUCCCCUUUGAAUGAAACGGACACUACCAUCACAGUCAUGUUGAAGCCUGCUCAGUCCCGUGGAGCACCUGUCAGUGUCUAUCAGCUUGUUGUCAAGGAAGAGAGGCUGCAGAAAGCACGGAGGGCUGCAGACAUCAUUGAGUGCUUCUCUGUUCCAGUGAGCUACAAGAAUGCUUCCAGCCUUGACUCACCCCAUUACUUUGCGGCCGAGCUGAAGCCCAUCAAUCUGCCCGUCACGCAGCCCUUUACAGUGGGCGACAACAAGACCUACAAUGGCUAUUGGAAUGCUCCACUCUCACCACUGAAAAGCUACAGCAUCUACUUCCAGGCUCUCAGCAAAGCAAACGGAGAAACCAAAAUCAACUGUGUCCGACUGGCGACAAAAGCAGUACUAGCUAGGCAACAGGUGACCACACGAAACCCGCCAAGCCUCUUGAGCACAGGAGCUUCCACCCAGAAUUCCAAUGCAGUGGAGCCCGAAAAGCAAGCUGACAACACAGUGAAAAUGGCUGGGGUUAUAGCUGGCCUUCUGAUGUUUGUUAUUAUCCUCUUAGGAGCAAUGCUCACCAUCAAAAGGAGAAGAAAUGCAUAUUCCUACUCCUAUUACUUGAAACUAGCGAAGAAGCAGAAGGAGACUCAAAGCAGCACUCAGAGAGAGAUGGGUCCCGUUGCUACUUCUGACAAGAACACCACCAAACUCAGUGCAGUUCACAAUGAAGAAGCUUUUUCUUCCAGCUGUCAAGAUGUUAAUGGAUUCACAUCAUCCUCUCCUUGUUCAUUUUCUGUCCAAAGCAAAACCCUUCAGAGCAAAUCUUUGUUGAAUUCCUACUACUCAGUAUCAUCAGACACUGUUCCAUCGACUGCGCUGCUAGAGAGCAGCCACGGGGAAAUGACCCAGCCAACUCUGACCAUCCAGACCCAUCCGUACAGGAGCUGUGAGCCAGUGGAAAUGUCCUACCCCAGGGGGCAGUUCCAACCAGCCAUCCGAGUGGCCGACUUGCUACAGCACAUCACCCAGAUGAAACGAGGACAAGGCUAUGGAUUUAAAGAGGAGUAUGAGGCUCUACCCGAGGGGCAGACGGCAUCUUGGGAUACGGCCAAGGAAGAUGAAAACCGCAAUAAGAAUAGAUAUGGGAACAUCAUCUCCUAUGAUCAUUCAAGAGUGAGACUGCAGCUGUUGGAUGGAGACCCUCACUCAGACUACAUAAACGCCAACUACAUAGAUGGAUACCACCGGCCUCGUCACUAUAUUGCAACUCAAGGUCCCAUGCAAGAGACGGUUAAGGAUUUUUGGAGAAUGAUUUGGCAGGAGAAUUCUGCAAGUGUUGUCAUGGUCACCAACCUGGUGGAAGUUGGCAGGGUGAAAUGUGUUAGAUACUGGCCAGAUGACACAGAGGUCUAUGGAGAUAUUAAAGUCACAUUAAUUGAGACAGAGCCAUUGGCAGAGUACGUCAUACGCACAUUUACUGUGCAAAAGAAAGGCUACCAUGAGAUCCGAGAGAUUCGGCAGUUCCACUUUACCAGCUGGCCAGACCACGGGGUUCCUUGCUAUGCCACAGGCCUCUUGGGCUUUGUUCGGCAGGUGAAGUUCCUCAAUCCGCCUGAGGCGGGGCCUAUAGUUGUGCACUGCAGCGCUGGUGCUGGAAGGACAGGGUGCUUUAUUGCCAUUGACAUCAUGCUUGACAUGGCAGAGAAUGAAGGUGUUGUAGACAUAUUUAACUGUGUGCGAGAGCUACGAUCCCAGAGGGUCAAUUUGGUACAGACAGAGGAGCAGUAUGUCUUUGUACAUGAUGCCAUUCUAGAGGCAUGUCUCUGUGGCAACACAGCAAUUCCGGUUUGUGAGUUCCGAUCCAUAUAUUACAACAUCAGCAGACUGGAUCCGCAGACAAAUUCCAGCCAGAUAAAAGAUGAAUUUCAGACCCUCAACAUUGUGACACCGCGUGUUCGGCCAGAAGACUGCAGCAUUGGCCUCUUACCAAGAAACCAUGACAAAAAUCGCUGCAUGGAUGUGCUGCCCUUGGACCGGUGCCUCCCUUUCCUUAUCUCUGUAGAUGGCGAAUCGAGCAACUACAUCAACGCUGCACUCAUGGAUAGCCACAAGCAACCUGCUGCCUUUAUUGUUACCCAGCACCCUUUACCCAACACUGUACCAGAUUUCUGGAGGCUGGUGUUUGAUUACAACUGCUCCUCCAUAGUGAUGCUGAAUGAGAUGGAUGCUGCACAGCUCUGCAUGCAGUACUGGCCAGAGAAAACGUCCUGUUGUUAUGGUCCAAUCCAGGUGGAGUUUGUUUCAGCAGACAUUGAUGACGACAUCAUCAAUAGGAUAUUCCGUAUCUGCAACAUGGCCAGGCCCCAGGAUGGAUAUCGUAUAGUACAGCAUUUGCAGUACAUUGGCUGGCCAGCAUACCGGGACACUCCUCCAUCCAAACGCUCCCUCCUGAAGGUGGUCAGACGGCUAGAGAAAUGGCAGGAGCAGUACGAUGGGAGAGAUGGACGCACUGUUGUCCACUGCCUGAAUGGUGGUGGACGCAGUGGCACCUUCUGUGCCAUCUGCAGCGUGUGUGAAAUGAUUCAGCAGCAAAAUAUCAUUGACGUGUUCCACAUAGUGAAGACGUUACGAAAUAAUAAAUCCAAUAUGGUGGAAUCACUGGAACAAUAUAAAUUCGUAUAUGAGGUUGCACUGGAAUACUUGAGUUCGUUUUAGCCUAGCAGAGAUGGGGGCCUAUCGGAUUCCAGAUCCCCAAGUCUGAAGAACAGUUUUUUCCCGCACUAAAAGGCAGUAAUGGGUGUGGGGAGGGCCAGGCUCUCCACACUGAAGAAGGGUCAGAGUGUACUGACCUCAAUGCCAUUGGGAGGAUGAGGUGAUCCCUGUGUUUGCUGCUGCCUGCUUUCUAUUGGAGCACCUACCGCUUCUUAAAUAACCUAGCAUACAAAUUGGCUAAACAGGAGACGGACUGGAAGACUCUGCUUUCUAAUCCCCUACAACCUCUUCUCUACCACUUUGGAUGUGUAUUUUUGUUCUCCUUGAUACAAAGGAAAAAAAUACUGGAAUAUUCUGUCUUUUAAACAGCUCCUUUUUCUGUUCUCAAAUCCCACCCUUUAAUUUUUGAAUUUCAUGCAUCAGCCAUUUGGAAAAAUAAGAGAACCACAGGGAACAUGUGAGACUUUUGGUUACAAUUAAUCCAUCUGACCUAUUUUUUUUUCAAGUGAAAAUGCCAUCAACGAGAAGUUGAAAUUCUCUUCCCCUUUCCUGUUCUCCCUAGACAUAAGACUAGGUGGUGGAAUUGGGAAGCUGUUACGGAUUCGCUGCACCAACUACUACACAAGCUUUUCCUUCCAGAUCCUGCUUGACUUCCAAGAUUGUGCAUGAACUGGUUACAUCUCUCUGAUUCAUGUUAGUGUCCCGGCUGGUGAAGCAAAUCAUAAAAAAAUGGGUUUCACAGCCAUUUGAUCAAACAAACCCUCCAUCAAACCAAUUGCAUUUGGUUUGUAAAUUUGGUAAUUUUUUACCACAUUUUUCAAGCAUUUGCUGGGGUACAGUGUCUCUUUAAAAUGAAGAGUAUAAAGUAGGUACCUGUUGAUGAUGAUAUACUAUAGAUCAUUAUUAUUUAUAUCACUGUAGCACCUAGGAGACCUAGUCAUGGACCAGGAUCCCAUUGUGCCAGGUACAGACACAGAACAGAAAGAUAAUCCCUUCCUCUGAGUUUACAGUCUAAGCGUAUGUCUCCAAUGCAGAGUUAAUCUGGGUUUUUACCUGAGUUUUAGCCCAACCCCUCUCCCCACCAUCCACACAGGAAAACCUUAGACCUGAUUAUGGAAAGGCUUUGGGUGUGGAUUAGAAUGCAGGUUCCUCUUUAACUCUGUCCAGAAUCUGAUCACUUUGCAGUGAGGAUGCAGGCUAAAUCACUCCAAUGCCCUGCCCACAAUUCCUCCCUAAGGACAGAAAGUUCUUCUGCAAUUGACUGGGAAACAAUCUUAGAGCACCUCAGAAUAAAUAACAUGGGAUAUGCCUCCAGGCACACACGGAUGAGUGCAGAAACAGUGAGGACACUAGCAUGGAUAGGUCUUUGUAGUGGGGAUGCUCGCAACUGGGUGCCCAGAUCCAGGUGCGGAUCACCCGGGUUAACUGUGCAUUGUAGACAUAGCAACCGUAUGAUUUUAAUUUGGGGAUUGACUAAGCUUUCUAUGCUGUCUGUUCCCAAGCUGUUGUACAAUCAGACCUAACUGUGUGAUUAUCCAGCUCUCCAGGCCAUGAGAUUUCUAAAUGGUAACACAUUCGGGCUGUAUGAAAGGUUAUGCACAUUAAACACAAAACUAGUUUGGUGUUUGCUGGCAGGGCCGGCACAACCCAUUAGGCGACCUAGGCGGUCGCCUAGGGCACUAACAUUUGGGGGCGGUGACCGCGGCGGCCGGAUCUUCGGCCGUCUGGUCGUCAUUGGUAUUUCGGGGGCGGGACCUUCCGCCACCUCUGUCAGGGGCGGCAUUUAGGGGGCGGGACCUUCCACCGCCUAGGGCAGCAAAAAAGCUGGCAGCACUCCUGUUUGCUGGUUUUGUGAAAAGGUAAGAAAAAUGUUUCAGCGGCACAGGAAACUUUACAUCACAAGCAAAAAGGUAUUUGCUUUGCUCUGCAAAAAUUUCUGCAUUAAAAUUUCCAUUAAUUCUUUGAAACAAGCCCUGGAUAUAUGUUGCCUUAGCCUGUAGCCCAGUCUUAUCUCUUUGUAGCUAUAGAAAAGUGUGUUAACUGGUUAAUCAGAAAAAGGUUAGAUUUUAAUCUCAGAGUGUAAAUUGAUUUAGCUGAACCAGAUCUUUCAGUAUUCAGGAUUUUUAUUUAUUUAGCUAUCUAUCUUAAGGCAGCAGAGAUAAGAGGUGGCUGUCUGCAUUUGACUAGGUUCUGGGAAAUGCAGGCUUUUUAAAAUCUAGACUUUCCAUCAAAGCUUGGCGGAAGAAAAGAGUUUAAUAAAACUGUAACUCCUCAUCCCUCAACUGAGUUUUCCCACCCUUUUGUCAGUACCCAGAUCCUUCAAUCCCAGAGCCUUUGGUUGGACCCUCUGUCGCAUUGAUUUUCAACAUGUGGAAAGCAGUAUAACUAUGUCUAGUUUCAGCUUGCAGUCACUGGAUUGCAUUAUACCUUUGACAACCCAGCAGACAACGGUAUAACACAGUCCAAUGGCUGGAAGGUGAAGCUAGACAAAUUCAGACUGGAAAUAAGUGUGAAGGUAAUUAACCAUUUGAACUAUUUACCCAAGGUGUGGUGGGCUUUCCAUCACUGGCCAUUUUUAAAUCACGAUUGGAUUUGCUGUAGUUCAAAGAGAAUUAUUUUGGGGGAAGUUCUGUGGCCAGACUAAAUGAUCACCAGGACUCUUUCUGGCCUUAGAAUCUAUGAAUCAAUAUUAUUUUUCUUUAAAAAUAUAUUACCAUGAAUCUUAGUUCAGAAGCACCCUUGAGUAGUUGCCACUCUUUAGAUCUCCCACGUUAUCAAGAGACUUUGGAUUUUAGGCUUGUCUUUACAAAUGAGUGUCCUGAAGUAAGGUAGAAAGUAAGUCCGAUUUUGUCCCGAUGUAUCCUGCAUGCCAUAUAGUACCUGUGUCCACCCACACCCAUUACCUUGUGCCCUUUUGGGGCUAGUUCCUUCUAUUGUUUGCAACAAAAACACAAGAUGAUGUUGUGUAACUGUAGAGAAGUGUUUAGUGUGUGUGUGCCAUUUUAUGAAAACAGAACUUCUUUUUGCCAUUCAUCCAUGCAAAGGAUCCUGAAAGAAUAUAAGAGGAGUGGAGAAACUGUUGUGCAGGGAAUGAAAAGGCAGGUAUGAAAAUUAGUGGUUAGAUGACAGGUAGCAUGUUGUAACUUUGUGGUGCAACAAGUGUGCUGCUAAAUUCCACUUGAACGGAGGAGGAAAGGAAGCACUACAUAGCAGGCCAGGAUUUUUCUCCAACUGCAGAAAUUAAGUUAGGCUAUGUCUAAACUGGCACCUUCAUUGCUAAAACUUUUGUUGCUCAGGGGUGUGAAAAAACACCCCCCCGAACAACAAAAGUUUUAGCGACGAAAAGCCCCAGUGUGGACAGCGCUUCGUCGGUGGGAGUUGUGCUCCUGUCGACGAUGCUACUGCCACUUGUUGUGGGUGGUUUUAUUUUGUCGCCAGGAGAGCUCUCUCCCGGCAACAAAGAGCGGCCACGCAGCGCACCUUACAGUGGUGUGACUGCAGCGGCACAGCCGUGCCGUUGGAAGGGUCGCCGUGUAAACGGUGCCUUAGUGUCAGUUCACUCAGUCCAUCAAGUUAAAGGGAAUCAUUCCCAGCCACCCAAAUCCCUUGCAAAGAAAAAGUGCUGUGUGUUUGAAUACAGUUCACUCAUCUUCAGCCAGGCUAUUUAAAAAGAAUUGCCUUCUCUUCCUUGAAUUAUUCCUGUUUGGGGGCCUUGGUUUUGUGUUUGUGGGUUUAUUAUUAAUUAUUAUUAUUAUUAUUUAUUAUGUUGUUAAUCCUUUCAUAACAUAAGUUUUCUUAAGACCUCAUUCACUGCUUACAAUCAAGUUAACAUCUUGAAAACGUCAACUAAUAUUCAGUGUGUGCUAUAGUUGUACGUGGAAAUUCACAAGAACAUACUAGCAGUUAAGGUCUCUGUCUAAAUCAGAAAUAGGACACACUGGGUAAUAGUUCAAACAAAAAGGGGCAGAGAGGUGGGCAAUGAGAUCUGUCAGUGGCAGAAAGGAAGAUAAACAGGAAUGUGAGAAGCAGGGGCAGCUCCAGGCUUAGGGGUAGCAUGAAAGAAAGUGGAUAAAUAGACAAAAAUAGCAGCUACAAAGGAGGCUUGGGUGGAGAGAAGUAGGUGUCAGACUUGAGAACAGAGCAUAGGUGGGAGUAGAGUUGUGUAAGGCCUCAAAGUUACGAGGAAAUCAAAGGUUUGAGUUCAUUGAGUCAUGUGUUGAGUAACAAAUCAAUCUAAAUAGAUAAAAGAGGUGACAGGAAUUGUGUAAAGGGACAGGGGGAAGAAACAGUACCAGCCAACGUACAACAUAAAGUUGCUUAUUAAAUCCUAUUUGAAAUAGUGUAUGUAGUCCAGGUCACCCUACCAUAGGAAGGCUAUUACUGCCUUAGAGAGUGCAGCACACAGCAAAAAAGAUACCACCAGAUUAGAAGAAUGUAAAUAUGAGUUAAGGUUAUGGGAGUUGGAUUUAUUCUUCUUAGAGAAAAAUGGAAGCUUUGAAGUGAGCUAACAGUGGCUUUAUCAAUCCUGAAAGGGAUUACUAGUCAGUGGGGAGUGGAAUUGGCCUUUAGUAAGGCUUUUGAUAUAGUCCCCAAUGACAUUCUCAUAAGCAAGCCAGGGAAAUAUGGACUAGAUGUAACUACUAAAGGAUGGGUGCAUAACUAGUUGAAAGACCGUUCUCAAGGAGUAGUCAUCAAUGGUUCACUGUCAACCUCUAGUGGGGUGCUGUAAGGAUCUGUCCUGGGUACAGUACUAUUCAGUACUUUCACUGAAGACUUGGAUGGAGUGGAGGGUAUGCUUAUAAAAUUUUCAGAUGUCACCAACCUUGGAGGGGUUACUAGCACUUUGGAGACAAGGAUAAGACUUCAAAAAUAUUUUGAUAAAUUGGAGAAUUGGGCUGAAAUCAGCGAGAUGAAAUUCAAUAAAGACAAGUGCAAAGUACUGUAAUUAGCAAGGAAAAAUCAAAUGCACAAAUACAUAACUGGGGAAUAACUAGCAAGGCAAUAGCAGUGCAGAAAAGGAUCUGGGGGGGUGUAGUGGAUCACAAGUUGACUCUGUGGCAACAGUGUGAUGCUGUUGUGUAAAAGGCAAAUGCUAUUCUGGGAUGUAUUAGUGUAAUAUAUAAGACCCAAGUGGUAAUUGUUCUGCUCUGUGUGGCACUGGUGAAGCCCCAGCUGGAGUACUGUUCAAGUUUUGGGCACCAUAUUCAAGAAAAAUGUGGAGAAAUUGGAGAUAGUCCAAAGUCAAGCAACAAACUGAUAGGACAUUUAGAAAGCAUGACUUAAAAGGUUGAAAGAAUUGGGCAUGUUCACUUUAGAGAAUAGAAGGUGGGGGGGAGGGGAGGCAUCAUACGUUCAAAUGUGUAAAAGAGGGAUGGUGCGCGAUUGGUUUCCAUGUCCACUGAGGAUAGGACAAGAAGUAAUUGGCUUUGCAGCAAGGGAGAUUCAGGUUAGAGAUUAGGAAAAUCUUGAUCACUCUAGGGACAGGUAAGCACUGGAACACUUUACUAGGGAGGCUGCGGAAUCCCCAUCAUUUGAGAUUUUAAGAACUGGUUAGACACGUACCUGUCAAGGAUAGUGCAGGAAUACUUAAUCCUGACUCUGUGCAGGGAUAUGGACUAGAUGACCUCCUGAGGUCCAUUCUAGUCCUACAUUUCUAUGAUUCUUUGAAAAACACUAGAGGAAUUUAUUUGAGGAAUCAUUUUUUUCAUUUGAAAUAUAGGAAAAUUUGAUAUUGACAAUAUUUGACCAAUUCUAAUGAAGAGUUUUUAUCCUAGUUUACAACCGCUCUUCAGUGUCCAUAGUGUGUUCUUAUGAAUGGCACAAUACUGGUCCUGGUGAUAAUCUAAACUUCAAGAAACUAGGAACAAUUAAGGAAACAGGAAGAACUACCUCAUACAAAGGGUAAUUAAUAUGUGGGAUAAAUUGCUCAGAGGAUACUGAAGCAAAGAAUCCAAGGGAUAACUAGACGAUUUGCUGUAGAUGAAAGAGACUAAGGGUUUGUUUAGAUGAACAGUUAGUGCACAGAAAGCUGGGGUGUGAAUCUACAGUGCGACAGCAUGCUGUGUGCUAGGUGUUUGUGGUGACCCUGCUACUACACACUAAAAGUUCCCUAGUGCAUUUUGAUCUACCCUGCUUUGAAACAGGAGGAGAUGAAAGUACAGUAGGGAACUUUUAGUGUGAGGUAGCAGGGUCCACAUGGACAAUUAAUGCAUGAUACGCUAGUGAGCUGUAGCUUUAGGCCUUAGCUUUCUGUGCAUUAACUGUUUGUAUAGACAAGCCCUGAGUGGUUCGAUCAUGUGGAUUUGGGGGGGAGAAGGGGGCUUAUAAAAAAGAAGCAGGUGUAUUAGAGCAGCAGGUCUUCUCAUAAUUUUUUUUACCUUCACAUAAUAUCUUCAAAAUUAGAUCAUGGGCCAGUUAUUUAUUAUUUUCAAAUUUCUUUUGGUGCGGAACAGCGCACAUUAUAUAGUGUAUAUGGACCUGCGGCGCUAAGUGCAUGGCAAAUCAUGAACAGUGUCUCCAUUUGUGGGUGUGUUAUCACAUCCAUGUCAUUUGUGGAUUCAGCCAAAUAACGAGUGUCGUCAAGCUGCCACCACAAUGAGUAGACACAAGUAGUUCCAUUGAACUCACUUUGGAGACCUCUGGACAAAUUCUACCUUCAGGUACUCUAGUGCAAGCCCAGUGGAGCGCAAAUGAGGCCAAAAUAUGGCCCUUGGAGUCUAAUUCUAACUUAAGGCCCAACUCCUCCACUUUCACUCACAUUCAAUACUACCUCCCACAGGUGAGUAGUCCUGUUGAAGUCUGCGGGACUACUUACAGGAGUAACAUAUGUAAAUAAGCAUGGCAGAACUGAGUCCUUGGGUAGCAAAUAAAGGUGAUUUUGGUGAUCUCAUACUUGUCCACAUUUUGACAUGACCAGUCAUCUCUGCUCAAGAGAAACUUUGGACUGGACUAACAAGAAGUGCUUCAAUUCAUGACUGAAGUGCUUUGGCAGAGUUGUACAGAACAACUAUAUGGAACAUAGUGUCUCCUUGCACCAUGCCUUGUUCCAGCCAGUUUUUUGUGCUCUGCUGGGUAUCACUCUAAUCAAGUUUUAAGCAUUUAAGUUUGUAAUAUUUACCCCUUGUUCUGUGUGCAUGAGCCAUUCGGCCAAAUAAAAGAUUUUCACAUCUAUAGAAAAGCUGUAGUCUCUGGCUGUUCCCAGUACACUGAGCCAUUCUUACGUGUCCCAUAACAUCGGCAUUCAACGUAUCUUAGUUCUUUGAGCCAUGUAUUGUGUGUACAUUUGUACACACACAAAUGUACACCCAUACUAAUACAGGGAGAUGUGAUUUACAUUUAAUAUCUAGUGACAACUAGAAGUGAUAAUUUAUUUCUUCAGAGAUAUAACUGAACCGAAAAUAGCAAAUGCUGUCACUGUUCCUCACACAUAAACACUCAAAAAGAACGACCAAACAAAACACAGAAUGUUACAUAGAUAUUUUGGGGACCACCCAGACCCCUAUAACUCUGGUAUUUUUAACCCUUCCCAGACCAAUGUUUCAUCCUUUUGGAACAGAAGGAGAGGCCUACUAUUCUUUCUAUUCCGGGAGGUUGAGUGGGGGAAACGGACAACACUGGAAAGAGAUGUUUCAAUGGAAACUCUCACCGUGUUCUUUCUCUGUGUUAUUCUCGUUCGUAACCCAUUAUAUUAUGUGCUGCUGUGUUCAUGCUAAGAUCAGAAGAAUGCAGGUAAUACCAAAUCCCCCUACCCACCCCAGAGCCCAAAUGGAGUGGUCAGGGCAUAGCAGAAGGAAGAGGUUUGGGAGAUAGUACACCAAGAAACAAAUUAAAGAAGGGGUGCUCAAGCUGAGGUCUUUGACAUUUGAAGUAUCCUUGUUUGUAAAACCGAGAACAUGAUCAAAUGCUCUCCCAGGCAUGCAUGUCACCUCUGUAUUCAGAUAUGGGAUAUGGGGGUGGGGAGGUGGGGACAAGUGAGUUGUCUCCCAGGAAAAUGUAAUUGCCUUGCAAUUAAUUUAAAGAGAUCAGCAUUAUCUGGUGGUAAAAUUCCUGUGGUCAAUUACUCUUGAUGAUGUCCCUGUGCUGUAUCCACAGAUCGUAGUUCAAACACUACCAGGAUCAUCUCAGAUGCUUACUGGGGGCCUGCUGUACUUCCAAGGAUUCUUUCAGUCUCUUUAGUUUGGAACAGAUGUGCUGUGUGUGCGGGUGUGUGGAUGGGGAUGACAAGGAGGCAGAUGGGCCAUCUGAUGCAUGGUACUUUGCAUAGAUGCAAAUCUCAGAAUGGCCAUUGGCUGUGCAUUAGCCCAAUAACGGUUGCCAGAGGGCUUUGGAUAUUGCGUCUCCUAGAAGAUCCUGGAGCAUCUGGUAGAAUAAAAUGCUGUUAGCCUCUCUUCUUCUCCCCCUCACCCCCACAAUUCAUUAGCCCAGACUGGGUGCCCAGCUAAUCAAAAGGUAAACAUUAGCCAUUCAAUACAUCAGUGAUAGUGAUGCUGUUAAUUCCCAUAGGUGUUAUUUAUUUAGAUGUUGGUCUUCUACAAAUUCCUGACAUACAUUUAACAAGACACAAGUGUCACCUCUUCCUUGAAGUCUUAUCUCCAAAAGAACCUGGUACUACUUUCUCCAGGUGCAGGGCCAGGUUUAUUAGCCAGCAGCAUCAAUGGUGGGCUGCUUCAGUUAUUGGGAGUGCCACUAGAAACAACCACCAUGCUCUAUCUUUUUAUUAACCUAGCAUAUCAGAAUUUGUCCUGCUGUUCCAGGGUUUUACCAGUUUAUACAUAUAUACUAGAAGAAUGUAACAUUUUCCAUGAUUUAAAACAGGAAUGUGAGGUAGGUCUAUUUUGGAUUACAGCAUGUUUCAACAGAGAAGCUGAAUUUGGACCUCUCAGAUGUGAAAACCCAUUGAGGCCAGAAAGUAAGUUAAGCAAAAUAAUGUUCUUACCAUAAGGCCAAAUGUUGGUGCCACCGAAGUUAAUGACAAAACCUUGCUGACAUGAAAGGGUCCCUAGUCUUGAGACGUUCUUUGCUGAGUGAGGAGAUUUGCCUCUAUCUGUAAAAAGCGUCAAGCUGAAACUUUUGUCAGCACCUUCAGUUUGUGAAAGCCUUGCAGUUCUCCGUUCCUCCUCCUCUGCACCAUCUCAAAGCAUCUAACAGAUUCUCUGAUCCAUAUUACCCUUAAUGCAUCCUGAUCCUCUGGAAACAGAAAACUAUGCACUAGAAUGAAAGACCUGGAUUUACCAUUAGGCCCAGGGAAUUCCAGAUGGCUGCAUUUGUAAUGUAAACUAUUAAUGUGCAAGGGAAUGGGAAGAUUCUGCACUAAAAUGAAUGAUAAAUGCUGGUGAUUGUAGGGGCUUUCCUGGAAGAACAAAUGGCUGAUAUGGAAAAAAGAAUCAAAUGCACCAAAAUGGGAACCACAAGGCCUCUAGAAUUCUGGUAUUUAUAACCAUUACCCAAGACCCAGCUGUAUGAUGUUUUUGGAACAGAAGGGGAUGUCCAAAUAGAAGUGUGUAUUUGCUAGGAUUAAUUCUGACCUCAUGUACACUGGAUUUCCAUCAGCAUAGCGGUUAACGGAAGCUACAGUGUGAGAUCAGAAUCAGAUCCUAGGAUUAUACCAAACAUUUGUUUAUACUAUAGCAGAUGUACCUCCAAUGUGUAGUACCAUGGAGGACUAUUUGCUGGUUAUAUCCAUCCGCCAGUGGUUUCUGACUGGAGGCCUCUGAGACGCACGUUUUUCAUGUGCAGUUGCUGAAGCGGCUGUGUUUGCAGAAUGGUGAGCUAAGCACAUGGGAGCACUGCCACCAUACUGCAUGCUUUUAUGAGUUCAGCUACUCUAAAAAUCAUCCCAAAGCAAAUGGUGAAGUUAAAAGCUUUGAACAAUAUCAAGUGAUAUCUCUAGUGUAUGCAAAACAAAACUGGCAUUACCCUCUCAUCCUUCUCAGCCAUUCUGACUCCUCCAACACUGAUGCUCUCCUUUAUGCCAAAAGAUUUAGCUACAAUCUCACUGUGUUCAACUCAUGCAAACUAGAUCCACCUCCCCAUUGACCUUUUCACCAUCCUGCUGAAACCGAAAUGUAUGAGCCUCACUCAAAGGUUCUUUACUAGACUUGUUGCCACUUGACCCAGCAAUGCUGAGGGAACAUCUGGGUAAGCAGCAUCCUGUAUCCGCUGCUAGAUUCAUGUUUCAAUGCCCGGAUGCAGCUAUUUUGCUGGCUGGGAGAAGUGUGGCAUGAGAAGUAAAAUCUCCUUUCUGUUGCAGUUUCCCCUCAUGAUUACCAGUAAAGCUCUCUUGUACAGUUUGGAUGUUUGAUAGAUAAAGCACGGUACAAUAAAAAUGAAAAAAAUAAAUAAAUACAAAAAAACUCAGCACUGUGCAUUCAGUGUUUUUUUCCUUUCUGGUUUAAAAGAAGGAAGGUAAAUAAUGUCAAGUCAAUGAAUAUCAGAUAUAUUUUUUGACUGUACAUUACAGUGAAGUGUAAUUUUUUUUUACGACUGCGAGUCCAUCUUAUUUAUUCUUGUAAAUUUUCCCAGACAAUGUUUGUAAUAUGGACUGUGUUGCAAAUCCAUACAAUAAAGCUGUGAUCCAAGAUGAAUGGUUUACUAAGA